AUGAAUGAAAGAAGUACAAACAAUUUGUUUGAUGAAAAUGCCGAUACGAACGACUUUUAUAAUGAAUGUUAUAAAGGUGAUGGUGUACCACACGUCGAAGAAACUUCACAUCAAACCAACCGCAGUAGCGAGAAUAUUUCCGUCACCGAUAGUAAAUCUAAGAGCGUGGGUAGCUCGUACGAUUCCGAAGAAGCCACCGUGUUGUUCGACGAUUUGAUGGAAAUUAUUGGCGAAUUCGGUCCUUAUCAGUUUUUGAUAUUUUUAACAUUCACAAUUGGCAUGAUGAUAGAAGUUGUUCUCGUGAUGACUUAUGUUUUUGCUGGAGCAACACCAUCGGACUUUUACUGCAAAGUCCCUUCCAUUGGUCAUUUAAACUUAUCUGAGAGUUUGCUCAAAAAUAUAACCGUCAAUGGGACUAAUCAAUGUGCAAUGUAUGACCGAGAUUACAGCAACUGGACUCUUGAAACAGUGAACCAAUGGAGAAAUGACCCCAAUCAGUUUGGAAACCGGUCAGUCCCAUGUAAAUAUGGCUGGAUAUUUGAUAGAAGUGUCUAUGAAGAAACCAUUGUCACUCAGUGGAACCUGGUUUGUGACGACGUUUGGAAAUCUUCCUUUGUUUAUUCAGCUGUCGGAAUUGGCCAGUUACUUGGUGCUUUGAUGUGGGGUAUCCUAAUCGACAAGUUUGGAAGAAGAUGGCCCUACGUUUAUGCGAUGGUGGCCAUGGUUUUGUUGGCUGGAGGUGCCUCCUUCUCGCCUCGCUAUUACGUCUACUGCAUCCUUCAGUUCGUCAUGGGCAUACACACAGUUGCUGCUUACUCCGUCGGCACAUCUGUCGCUGUUGAAAUCACUGGAAUAAAAGUUCGAGGUCAUUUGUCGACUGCGGUGAAUUAUUUUUGGUCUUUCGGGUAUAUGUUGUUGCCUCUCAUUGCAUACUACGUCAGGUCCUGGUUCAAACUUCAACGCUACAUAAGCAUUGCGUCUCUCAUUCUCCUCUCCCUCCUCAUAUUCAUCAAAGAAUCACCCCGAUGGUUGUAUACUCACGAUAAAAAAGAAGAUGCAAAUGCCAUCUUGAGACAGAUUGCCAAAUGCAAUAAAAAAGAAUUCCCUGAAAACACCCACUAUUGUUGGAAGAUGCAGGAAGCAGAGGUCAAACAACUUUUCAUUGUUUUGUGGAUUUUAAGAAGGCGUUUGAUUCAGUCUGGCACGAAGGUUUGUAGGCAACUUUGGAAAGUAUGGGAGUUUUCCAACUCAUUAGUUUACUUUGGUAUUUCAUUGUAUCUGCCAACACUCAGCGAAAGUCCUUACUUGAAUUUUUUCAUUUCCGGGGCGGUCGAACUACCCGGUUACAUUAUAGCACAAUUGAGCAUUGCAUUUUUGGGACGAAAAAAACCUCUUUCAUGCGUCAUGAUGUUUGCCGGAAUCUGUUUAUAUAUCCUGCUCAUAAUAGAAAAAAAAGAUUUGCAAUGGACGCGCAUCAUGUUGGUUUUGAUUGGCAAAAUGUGCGUGACUGCUUCCUGGUCGAUGGCAAUUUGCUUUACAAAUGAACUUUAUCCAACAAUGUUGAGAGGCCGAGGUCUUCUAACGUGUACACUCUUUGGAAACUUGGGCAAUGCAUUGUCUCCACAAAUUAAUUUGUUGGGGCAACUGAUGAAUCCUAUCAUCCCACCGUUUGUUUUUGCUUCUUUGUCUGUUAUCUCUUCAACUAUCUGCUUGUUACUGCCAGAAACCAAAGGAAUGCCCCUGUACGAUACUGUCGAAGAAAUGCGCAACAACGUCUCUAUUAAAAGUUUCUAA